AUGCCGAGCUGGAUUGAGCUGACGGACGCUUGUAUGAGUGAGGCAGACGGCGGGAUGCGGGCUCCGAGCCAUCGCCUGCAUCCGCUGCCAGCCGCAACCGAGAGGAGAGAUAGAAAAAGGGGAAUGAAGGGAGAAGGGGUGGAAUCUUUCAUCCUCUUCUCCUCUUUUGCCUCUCUGCGGGGUGAGCCUGCGCAUCGGUGGGAUGAGGAUGAUGAAGAUGAAGGGGCAGGGGAGGUCCUCAGAGAUGUUUUCCGGCGAGUGAUGGGGGGACUGGUGGGAGCAGAUAAGACUGUGCACCUGUGGUUGAAGGAAUGA